GUGCUGAAUCAAUGGCAAGCAUUGCAUCUCGGCUAAUACGCUAACGGACGUUGACAGGUGUUUCGGAACAGAUGAUGCUUUUCCUUAAUCCGGGUUUGACACAUAUUCAGACCUGAAGGUAAAUGUCGAUUGGUUUAGUUGCCCAGACGGAGAGAGGUUGUCAGGUUACGCCCCCACACAGUCGUGGAUGCAGACGCAUGUGUGAUGUCGAGGAUGUAUACCUUGCAGGUGGUGUUCUUGGUGAUGUGCAUCACAUUGCAAAUUUGGACAUCGUCACUUGAUAUUUUGCUGAUCACCGAAGCGAAUGGGAAAUGUCCACAUCCCGUUGUGUGCCUUAGAAAUGACUCGGCCAUUGAUCAGUUCAAACUGACCUUUUACCUCGUUUCUGCUCAAGAGCAAUUUGCUGCGUGGAAAACAGCGAGAUCGGUACAUGGGGAUGUCGUGAUCAUGGCAUCCCUCUCUUCCUGUCAGCGUCACUUCACUCCCACCACCAGCAGGGACGACUUCAACAUCACCUUCUGCUCCUCCAUCUGCCCCGCGUUCCUAUCCAACCAGGAAAUAUUCAUUCAUACAGUAUUCAACGUCACAAAUGCAAAGCAGUCUAACUUUAAUUCCCUCAUCAGACCCGAUUCUAUGGAAGAUGUCAUGAGAGCCAUCAUCUCAAUACUCAACCAUGUGAAGUGGAAGACGUUCGUUGUUAUAACUUCAUCUUAUGACGUUUUGACUGCACUAUCUGGAGGUCGACUGGCUUCGAUCAAGUUACUGCUAUACAUGAUAGAUGAUCCCAACAAUCCACUUGAAAGUAUUGACCUCGCCAGUAUCUACGAGCUGCUUCCGGUGAAGGACCUCAACCUUCUUGUGGUGUGUCCAUUCGAAUGUAUACAGAAACACCUCAAUCAGGCUCACGUGUUGGAAUCAAACACGUCAGUGGAGAAGUCAACUAGGCUCUCUCAAUGGCUGAUGGUUCCUUCCGCCGGAAGUGUCAUGGAUAUUGCGCACAGCCGUGAGCCAUUCAAAACUGAGGACGUUGUGUUUCUGGAGUUCAUGCCGUGUUCGAGGUACUAUUUACCACUGAACCUGGAGAUUACCACGAAACAUUUACAAACCUUAGGAAGAUUUAAUAUCACAGGUCAGGCUGCCGAGACAACAGGAUGUGUUCACAAGACUGCAGUCAUAAGUGAAGUUUUAAGCACAGACCCCACUGGAACAAAAGUCGACACCGUAGGCUAUAUUGCGAGUGAUGGCGAUGUGGGAGUCAAGCAUGAACUCUAUCAUGCCAGGAAAUAUGGAUUUUACAACCGGACGUUAAUUGUCGGGACGCUGGAGUGGGCACCAUAUGUGAUCAAGAAAGUGGAGAACGGUUCUGUCUGGUUCGACGGUCUUUGUAUCCAACUUGUGAAGGAACUGGCGAGACAACUCAAUUUCAGGCAGGUUUAA